AUGGUAAUCACCAAAGAGUUUGAUGAGAAAGCCUACAAAUGGGUACGGACACUUUUCGUGAGUGGCCUCCCGGUGGACAUCAAGCCCCGAGAACUCUACCUCCUUUUCCGACCAUUUAAGGGUUAUGAAGGAUCACUGAUCAAGCUAACAUCCAAACAGGUAAUGCCUCUCCUUAACACCUGUCCUGGCAUCCACUCACUUCUAGAUGAUCUGACUGGGGCUGCCCUGAUUCCGGCAUCUCCAGAGGCAUGGGCUCCCUACCCCCUGUACACCACGGAGCUUACCCCUGCCAUCCCACAUGCAGCUUUCACCUAUCCAGCUGCUGCAGCUGCUGCCGCUGCUCUUCACGCUCAGAUGCGCUGGUACCCUCCUUCUGACGCAACCCAACAAGGAUGGAAGUCCCGGCAGUUCUGUUAGUUUUAAGCUGCUUUUGGCCCACAUUUCCCCCUCUUGUCUCUCUCCAUGGACUGAUGCACGAAGGAUGAAGGAAUCUUUGGGAACCUCCUCUCUCUCGGCCUUUCCCCUGGACACCAUCGAAGUGCCCAACGUCACUUGGCCGUGUUAUGAAUGAAGCGAUGGAUUUCCCCCUUCCAAAACUGUGAACGUCCUCUCCUCCUCCGUCUCUUCCCCAGGGUCAUGGCUGCCCUUCUCCCAGCUCUCUUCCCCCUUCCCCUCAACCUGCUAAGCCCCGCCACCUUAACUCUUGCUGAGUUUCUCCUCCUGCUUACCUUUUGAGUCCCUUUUAGGAGAAACUCAACCGUGUUGAUACAACCCCCCCCCCCCAUUUCGUGUGGGCGUGCGCGUACGUAUGUUCCCAGCUGGGAUGCUGGCACGCAGUCUAGCCUAGCUGCGUACAGUGCAAUAUCUAAGAUUUUUUUCUCAUCCAGAACCUUGUGUUUGCAGUUUUGCUGAAGGAAGCAAAAAAAGAAAAAAGAAAAGACAAUUCAGUUUUGCAUGUUUUCUGGCAUGACUAUAAAACACUUUAACAUGGUGGGUGUGUGAGUGUGCAGAAUUCGUUUUUUGGUCUAGCAUUUGUGUAACCAUAGCAGUAGAUCUUGGGACUUAACUAUUGAUCACUAAACUUUUGUUUUCAUCUCGCUUCUGUCAAGGCUUGGCUUUUGAAAACAAAACCACUUCCUGUCUUCUUUCUUUCUUUCUUUCUCUCUCUCUCUCUCCCCACCCCCUUUCUCCUCUUCUUCCUCCUCUGGGGUAUCUUUCCCUGUUCAGCCUUGACUAGAAUUUGAAAUAAGAAAAUUUUUUUCUUCAAAGUACAGAGCACUGGGUUUCCGGUCCAAUUUUGCCCUUCCCCAAUUUAAGUCAAGAGUUGUUGGGUUUUUGUUUAUUUUAUUUUUUUUGUUGUUGUUGUUCUUCUGUCAAACUUCUAUCUAUAGAACAGCUGUAAAAUAUUUCACUUUUUUUCUUUCACAUCCUUGGGAUUGGAAAGAAUUCAGUCUUGCCAAAUCAGCAAUCCUUAUGGGAAUACCGAACAAAGAUGUACGAGUAUUUUUGUACCAUGUCUAAUAAGGAAAUAUUUAUGCAUCAUGCAAAGAUUUUGUGUGGUUUUUGUGCAAUUAAUUAUUACAGAGUAUAAUAAUAAUAAUAAUAAUAACUGUAAUCUGUAAGAUGAGUUUAAUGUUUAGUUAAAAGCUUGAAGAGAAAAGACUUUUUUUCUGUAACUGAUUCAGUCAGGCAUAGUAACGAGAAAUUGCACAGUUAUUUUUUUUUGUUUUGUUUUGUUGAUAUUUUAUUGCUUGGUAUUUGGAAGUCCUUUAAGUAUUAUAUUGAACUAUGGCUGUCUCGCUUUGUAUCAAGAUCGUUGAAUAAGUUGCUAUAUCCUUUGAGAAUGUGAAACUGGAUAAUAUAUGAAUUGUACUCA